UCCCGCGCUUGUCUCCAGCAGAGCCAGCAUGGAAGCGGAAUCCAUGGAAGCAUCGGCCUCGCUGCCUCCGGCGGUGUCCUGGGAGGCGGCGGCGGUGGAGGAAGAGGCAGCGCCCAGCAGCACGUCGCCCACGGCUCGCGAGGUGGAGGAAGAGCUGAUCCUACCCGCCUCCACCUCCCUGGGGAGCGACGAGGACACGGUCUUGCCGCGGUCGAGCUCCUUGGAGGGGGGGGACGACCUCCCGGAGCCCUCCCUGCCCUCUUCGUCCGAGUGGCCGGAGCCGCAGAGCGCCGGCCCCAACGAGCCGACCUCCGCGCCCCUCGAGAGCUCCCCUUUCGUCUCCUCCUCGCUCUCGCCGUCGCCGCUCUCCUGGAAGGCGCCCUCCGACGGCCUGCAGCGGCGGCUGGAAGAGGCGGAAGGCCGCGGGGAGCAGGCCGAGCGGACGAAAGCCAAGAAGAAGGGGCCGCCGGCCAAGAAGGGCGCGCCAAGCUACACCGUGAGGACCAUCGUGCCAGCCGAGAAGGAAGAGCUGGUGUCGGUGGCCAAGGCCAUGCACCGGGAGAAAUUCGCCAAGAACGCCAAGGAGCUCUUCCACUUGGAGAAGGAGGCGGCCCUCAAGUCCCUCCAGACAGGCCUCUACAUCGGCUGGCGCUGCCCUGAAUAUCUUUGGGAUUGUUUCCGAGUGGGGGAUGAGUCCAAGUGCUUCUGUGGGCACCUGCUGAAGCUGCACCAGGUGUACGUGGAGAAACGAGCCACUGUGCCCUGCACUGUGGCUGGCUGCCGAUGCCAGGGAUUCCUGUUCGUUCCUUCAUGCCCUGAGGAGGUGGGCGAAUUCUGGCUCCGGCGAAGAACUGGCUUUGAUGUGGCAGCCUGGCGAGCAAAGUGCCGGUGCGCACACACUCACGAGGAGCACGCGCCCACCGGAGCCCGGGCCUGCUGCGUCCGAGGCUGCUCCUGCAUGGCCUUCACCUCCAGCUUCCUGUGUGCGGCCUGCGACCGACGCUGGGAGGAGCAUGAAACCUUCUUUGAGUCAGAGGAGACGCGGCGCAGAGGUGGCCGGCCUUACGGAGAAGCUUACCUGCCCUUUGUCGAGCUGCCCGAGCUGCGUGGGGCCGUGCUGACGGGGUGCUCUGAGGACCCUUCCGCCUCCUGGGCUCUGCAGGGCCAGGCCUGUGAGGCCCCGCCCACCUCCUCCUUCUCCUCCUCCGGCUCAAGGGCUCUGCCUCUUCCCCCCCCAGGCCCCCGGCGGUUCCUGCAGAAGGACGACAAGAAGGCUUGAGGCGCCCCCCCCUCCCCGCUUCCUGCUGCGCAUGGGAGGCAAAAUAAAGAGAGAGUGCUCUGCUGCAGGGCUCUUUGUGGCCGUAUCCUCUGAGCCACGGGGGGCGGGGGGGGCGCUGGGCUCAGUGGGGAUGCCAGGCUGAGGCCGGGAUUCUUCUCCCCAGGGAGGGGGCUGGCAAGAUCCUCUUCUGUGCCCGGAGAGAGGUGG